UGCGCGCUCCAGAAAGAACACUUCCACCGAGUAACAGCGCGUCCCCGCGGCUGCUCGGCUCUAAUUUAGAUAGUUUAGGAGUCAGAAAUCCCCCCGGGAAUAAAUCAUCGUUAUUACUUGCAUUUGGAUGCCGGACAGUGAAGCAUCUGGGAAACAUGGAUACAACCUUUUCGAGCCGUUUUCUUGACUUCUUGGAAGCAUAAAAGCUGGUUCCGGUGGCGAUAUUUUUUCUGUCAGGAAGUUUGACGUAUUCAGCUGAAGAUUAUUUCUUGCUUUGUUUUGGUUCGGAAAAGUUGUGGACGACCGCUGGUUCCUUUCAACAAACGACAUCUUUGUUACUGUCGCUAAAAACAGACCGAGCUCGUCUAAUGUACGUUUUUUUUUUUUUUUUUUUUUACAUAUCACUUUGCUGUUUAUAUGAAUACUCCAGGAUCUACAAUUUUAGAGUCUGCAGCCCUGCGACGUUUAAACAUCGAUGGACUUUAUCUUACUUGGCUUCGCAUGACAUAACGCAUCUGGUUAAAGUAUAUAAUAAACUCAAAGGUAGUACUUUUUUCUGCCAAUGUCCCAAUAGUCUGUGUUAUUUUUAAGUCUGAACCCAGAACGGUGCUAUCUCAAUUAAAUUAAUCUGCACAUUUUUAUAGGCCAGAUAGGCCUUCGUGUAUUCUUCCCCGAUUAUGUUAUAUCAUCAAUCACGUUGCAAUGCGAUGCAGUUAUGUUCAAUGCAACAAUGAGAAUAAAAAAACAUCUUCUGCCUAGAAUAUUGUGGAUUUAAACCUGGAACCACGGUCGAGGAAAAUCUGCAAACUUAGCAGGAAGAGAGGCCAUCAGAAUCACGGAAAUCGUACGGUCUUUCCUCUGGCGAGCUGCUACCCACAAAUGGAUUUCAUACAGGCCAUACGGUUACUGUUACACUUUGGUUUGGCAGCUUUUGUUCGUAUUUAACACUGUAAUGGGACACGGCUCUGAAUACAUUUCUAAAUUCAUCGAUUUUUAGUGUGACUUCUAAAGAUGUUUUGGAAAUUUAAGUUUUCCAAGGAUCCGAGGCUACAAUGGCGCAAAAGUUUGCCUCUGGGCCACAGCUGGAGCUGUUUGAUGUAGGUUUUCCCAUCGGAACAUUUUCUCUGUGAGGCUUACAGCUGCCUCUUGUGACCGUGCUUGUUUUUACAACCUGGAAAGAAUCUGUGUGUGUGAUCUAACUUUCCGUUAAAGAAGACAAGCCCCGGUACCUGGGGGGGUCAGCCCCGCCGAUGGCACCUUUACAGUCACUCUUUGGUGUGUUGGUCUGACCGAGGACACUAAUGGACGUUAACAACAGCUGGACCUACUGCGUCAUUCCUGCCGCUAGACUACGGUGACCAGUCGGCUGUACGCGGGAGAACCUCGGUCCUGACCUGACCUGACCUGACCUGCCGACACUACAGGCUCUGGGAGUUGGUUGGCACAGCAGAGGCAACCCUGCAAGUUUCCGAAGACUGGUUUGUAGACCUCGAUCACAAACAACGCCACAAUGAAUGAGAGGCAGGCUCUCCACUCUAUAAUGAAGGACCUCGUUGCCCUCCAGAUGACGCGGCGGCAGCCUGUGUUGUCUCAUGACAGCGGUAAACCCAAAACACCAGCACAGGCCAACAGACAGGACGAUGUCAGGAUAAAGUUUGAGUUCUCAGGAGAGAGGAGGAUCCUGGUCUUUGGACGACCUGUGCAGUUUGAGGAAAUUCAGCAGAAAGUCAAGACGGUCUUUGGCCAGCAGCUAGACCUGCAUUAUAUGAACAAUGAGUUGUCCAUUCCUCUGCGAGGACAGGAUGACCUUGACAAGGCAAUCGACUUGCUAGACCGGAGCUCCAACAUGAAGAGCAUCAGGAUACUGCUUCUCACUCAGGAGCACAGCAAUGCGUCCUCUCCUUCCCACCACGUGCCAUGUAAGCAGGUGAGGAUCAAAUCCUCCCACUCCACUGGAGAUGUGAGCACAGUGUACCAAAGCUCCGAGCCCAGGGGGCGUCACCUAUCAACUGGUUCUCAGAACACAGGGCGUAGUUCCCCACCUCCUGGCUACGUCCCUGAACGCCAGCAGAGGAUCGCCCGCCAAGGUUCAUACACCAGCAUAAACAGUGAGGGAGAGUUCAUCCCAGAAACCAGCGAUCAAUGCGUGCUGGAUCCCUGGAGCAGUGCAGAGAACUCAAUUUCUGGAAGCUGCCAGUCUCUGGACAGCAACUCAGACAGCCCCUCACUGAGGAAGUCUCGCAUGCACAGAGCCAAGAGUUACCCUGAUAAUCGUCAAGAGUGCUCAGAUCGGGAGAAUCAUGUGUAUGACAGGGUUGCAGGGAAGGGAGGCACCUUUCCUCGAAGGUACCUUGUGUCCCUCCCUUAUAAGGACAACAGUGAAGGUCGCCGAACGUUUCCACGGAUUCGUCGCCCUCAGGGGAACCUUUUCACUCUAGUGCCCUCAAGACGGUCACUUAAUGGCAGUGAGGAGAGUCUGGGCAGCUGGCAGCAGGUCGACGCACAAGGCAGGCUACGCCCCCAGGAUCGUUCUGUUCCCCAUAAGUCGCCCAGUGCUCCGGUGACGUGGCGCCGAGGGAAGCUUCUGGGCCAGGGCGCGUUUGGUCAGGUUUACCUGUGUUAUGAUGUAGAUACUGGGAGAGAGCUGGCUGCCAAGCAAGUCCAGUUUGAUCCUGACAGUCCUGAGACCAGUAAGGAGGUCAGUGCUUUAGAGUGCGAAAUCCAGCUGCUGAAAAACCUACAUCACGAGCGCAUUGUUCAGUACUACGGUUGUUUGAGGGAUCACAACGAGAAAACUCUCACUAUUUUCAUGGAGUACAUGCCGGGGGGUUCUGUCAAAGAUCAGCUGAAGGCCUAUGGGGCCCUGACAGAAAAUGUCACCCGCAAGUACACAAGGCAGAUACUGGAAGGCAUGUCCUAUCUGCACAGCAACAUGAUUGUACACAGGGACAUCAAAGGUGCCAACAUCCUGCGGGAUUCAGCGGGAAACGUGAAGCUUGGAGAUUUUGGUGCCAGCAAAAGGCUCCAGACCAUCUGCAUGUCUGGCACCGGCAUACGCUCUGUAACCGGCACCCCCUACUGGAUGAGUCCGGAGGUGAUCAGUGGAGAGGGCUACGGAAGGAAAGCUGAUGUCUGGAGUCUUGGUUGCACAGUGGUCGAAAUGCUGACAGAAAAGCCACCGUGGGCUGAAUAUGAGGCCAUGGCAGCGAUAUUCAAGAUUGCCACCCAGCCCACCAACCCGCUUCUGCCCUCGCACACGUCCGACCAGGCACGGGACUUCAUCCGCAGCAUUUUUGUGGAAGCCAAACACAGGCCCAGUGCUGAGGAGCUGCUCAGACACCCUUUCUCCCAGAUACUGUGUUGAGACCUGCGUGGUUUCUGAACUGAACCACAGAGUAGCCUCAGCAGCAUGUGCAGCUUCCUUAAGAUCCCAGAAAUCCAGACAUAGAGAUGACUGAGAUGUCAGUGUUAAGGGCACUGAGCUUCUUCCAGGACUCAGAUACUUCAAAGAAGAUUUCUCACAAGCACGUCCAAAGAACACAAACAUCACUGACCAUGGCAGUCAACACGAAGCCUUAGAAAUGCCAGUAUGUGCUCUUACAAGAGUCUCCACAAGGGGGGAACAAAACACAGAUUAAGUAGCUUGAUAGAUUCAAGCUCACACAGUCACACACACCAAAUGAUGCACUCCAAAGGCAGAAUGAUGUAGUUAAGGCUCAAGCACCAGUUGCAUCAGCUCCCAUGUUUACAUUCACUUGUGCAGUUAUGAGAAAUACCAGAUAUCCUUAAGUAUUUAAAUCUAAACAUGCAGCUUAGGCUCAUUUUAAAGCUACAGUGAGCCGAAAGUGUAAGCUGAACCACAGUGUCGCUAAAUGGACAAGAUUGCUGUUCUGUUUUCCCCAUCUUGUCCAUCUCCAUCUUUCUGA